AUGUCAUCCGGAUCCGGUGGAACAUUGAACCGUUUCCGGAUUUCAUCAGUUACGCAAUCGACGAACAACAAUCAAAAGCAAGAAGAGCAAGAACCAUCUCAACAUCCGUUUCAGCUUAUUGCACAACCUCAGCCGAAUGUUCCAAUCAUUUCUACCG